AUGCCAACAAUUCGCCCUCUCCUUCCUGGCGACAACGAUGAUGAUUGGGCCAGGGUCUACGAGCUCCAAUGCCGCGUCUAUCCACCCGAAUGGCAUGAAGAUGUACCAGUAUUGAGACAAAAGGCGACAGUAGGAAACGGAUUUUGCUUCCUCUAUCAAGAUCAAGGGGAACUGAUGGGGUAUUGUUUGGCACACCCGUGGGCUUCUGGACAAGUGCCCAAGUUGAAUGCUGUCGUAAAAGAAGCUACUGCUCCAGUAACCACCGACAAUCUAUUCCUUCAUGACUUGGCGGUCGCCACACCGAAACAGGGGAUUGGAAAGCGCCUGUUCCAACAUCUCCAACAACAACAGCAGCAGCAGCAAGUACAACCAAACAAGGGCAGAAUCAAAAGCAUGUCACUGGUUGCCGUCAAUGGGAGUCACAGCUUUUGGACAAAACUGGGAUUCCAACGGGCGACACCGCUGGAUCCAGAGUGCCUGCAAAGCUACGGGUCGGAUGCGGCGUUCAUGGUACUCUCGUUGUGA